CUUUUAUUGUUCAUCAGUUGGGCGCGAAUUCACUUGAGGUAGUCGUCAUAUCAUGGAACGGACGUUCAUAAUGGUCAAACCUGAUGGAGUCCAACGAGGUCUUGUUGGGGAGAUUAUACAACGAUUUGAAAGGCGAGGCUAUAAGCUUGUUGCAAUUAAGAUGAUGCAUGCCUCAGAACAGCUUCUUCAGAUUCACUACGAGGCACUCAAAUCUUUACCAUUCUUUCCAAAACUAGUUGCGUAUAUGUCAUCUGGACCUGUUGUACCAAUGGUAUUCGAAGGGCGUAAGGUUAUUGAGAACGGACGUACAAUGUUAGGUGCUACUAAACCUGAAGCAAGUUGUCCUGGAUCAAUAAGGGGAGACUACUGCCAAGAUGUAGGAAGAAAUGUUGUCCACGGAUCAGACUCAACUGAAAGUGCUAACAGGGAAAUCAACUUAUGGUUUACUCCACAAGAACUAUGUCAAUAUAAACAAGCCGUUGACCCUUGGAUCCAUGAAUAGACUGCUGUUUGAUCACCAUUUUAUCCCUGUAGACUGAGUGAUUGGCUAUUUCCCAAAUAAAUUGAAGGUUGAAUUGUAUUACUACU